GCGUUCUAUCCGACGGAUCUCCUCCGUAUUGUAGCGCUCAAAGAGAACAGCUGGGUCCUUGAUCUCCGAGACCCGGAGAGACAGAACCGCGUCCUGGGCCAUGGUACUUCCAAAACAGCAGCAAAGAACUCCAACCCGGAAAACAACCCGGAAGAUACUUCCUGUCUCCACUAAUUAUCUUUCAUACAGAGCUCUACAAACAAUAAAGACCUCUGUGUUUUAAAUACCGUUGUGGGCAGGUAGGGUCCAAUCAGUGCACCCGUGUACACAGGACUUCGUUCCCGGAAAGAAAAGAAAACAACAGGCGGCUUCAUUUACAGAGACCCAACUAAGCAAUGGAGCAGAGAGACAUCCAGAAGGAUGUUUUCAGUGAUGUUAUUUCGAGAUUGCAGGCCAAGCAGUUCUUUCAGUCUGACUGGGAUAUCGCUUCUUGUGCAGUCUUCUUCAUCUUUGUUGGUAUGAUUCUUCUGUUUGCCAUCCUGGUCCUCGUUCACUGUUGCUGCUGCAGUUGCUGCACUGAUGAGAAGCCUCAAAGAUGGAAGGUUGGCAUUGAGAACAUGGCUCUGGAGCCCUGACAGCUGAGCUGCCCUGCCUGAUGUGCCUGGAAAUGGCCUCAAAGUCCAACUCCUGUGACAGAACACGAGAUUUGAUUCUACAGCCACUCACAAACACAAACACAAUGUUUUUACUUGCACAAAUUGUUGUUCCAAACCCUUUGCUACCCUGACAUGAAAAUCUAAUAUGUGAUUUUGUUGAUUGUCAUUGCUAUGUCUACAUUUUUUCUAUCAAGCUUUAUUGCUAGGACACCACAGAGCAGCUAGAAAUUCUCAGCUGUGUGUUUUAUUGAACAUAGAUUUAAACACAACUUCUUAAUUUGCUGAAAUUGCUAUAAUUUUUAUUUUUUUUAACAUAAUGUAUGCACUAUGUUCAUGUCAUACACAUUGUACAGGGUAAAUGACUCAAAGCCAUACAGUUACCAAAAAUCUUUGGUAAAAUCUUUGGUUUUCUCACAUCUACACUCUGCUAAAAUUUUCAGUUCUUUUUUCAGUCUUUUUUGGGACUUUCAAUAAAAAGAGUAGUUAUAUUGACAGUGACAACCUGCGUAGGCAUACGUGUUUCCUGAUACGAAACCAUGUCAAUAAGGGAAUCAAUAAAGAACCAGAUCAAUAAGGAGAUCCAUUAAUGGCAUUGGUAUCAAUAAAACCUUAUCAAUUUUCAUUCCUACAAGUUAGUCCACAGAAUAUUUCCCCAGUGUCUCGGGGAUCAUCAUCAAGAUGUGUUUUUUGGCAAAUUUGAAACAAGCCUUUUUGGUUCUUCUUCUGGUUCUUUAGAUCGUGGGAGCAAUUACGUUACACAUACGUAGGUUUGGAUAACUUUUUCCCUUAAUAAAUGAAGUCAUCAGUUCAAACUGCA